GGAGAGAAAGGAGGCCUUGUCUCCGUUGGGUACGGCGACGAUGACUUCACCCGCCUGGAUGGGGACGAGGAUGGGUACGAGGAGGAGGACGAUGAGAACAGCAGGCAGUCCGAAGAUGACGAUUCAGAGACUGAAAAACCUGAGGCUGGUGACCUAAAGGAAUUCUCAGAACUGGAGAAAAGAGAUCCCCAGGAGCUAGUUGCCUCUUUUUCAGAGAGAGUGCGGAACAUGUCUCCUGACGAGAUCAAAAUCCCACCUGAGCCUCCUGGCAGAUGCUCUAACCACUUACAGGAUAAAAUUCAAAAACUGUACGAGAGGAAAAUAAAAGAGGGCAUGGAUAUGAAUUAUAUCAUUCAAAGGAAAAAGGAGUUCCGCAACCCCAGCAUAUAUGAAAAACUGAUCCAAUUUUGUUCAAUUGAUGAACUUGGUACAAAUUAUCCAAAGGACAUGUUUGAUCCUCAUGGUUGGUCAGAAGACUCAUAUUAUGAGGCGCUAGCUAAAGCACAGAAGAUUGAAAUGGACAAACUGGAGAAGGCCAAGAAGGAGCGCACAAAGAUUGAAUUUGUGACUGGCACUAAAAAGGGAACAACGACAAGUGCUGCCUCUACGACAACCACAACAGCCAGUACCACUGUGGGAGAUGCACAGAAGAGGAAGAGCAAGUGGGACUCUGCCAUCCCUGUAACGACGAUAGCUCAGCCCACCAUCCUUACCACGACUGCGACGCUACCAGGUGUUGUCACAGUGACAACCAGCGCGAGUGGAUCCAAAACUACGGUCAUCUCUGCUGUUGGCACCAUUGUGAAAAAGGCAAAGCAGUGACUAGCGUGCUGGGGCCUGGAUUUUAGACUGAAUUGUCAUUGAAGCCAUUGCCCUCAAAAGGGAGGGCUAGCUUUCACCUUUGGUAAAAGAUGACAAGACUUUGGAACAGACCACAGUUCCCAUCUGAAAGAAUGGGGGCAGGAGCAGGCAUGCCAGCUGUGUGCCCACGGGAAUGGACCUCUGCCGAAAAUGCCGCUGUCUUUUCUUGCUGCAGGAAGAACCACAGUCUGCCUGUGUUGUGCUGGAGGAAGGUGGUAUGCGAAGUCAGCUUGUAAAAGUUAGCUUAUUAAAUGGCUGCCUUCUUCAGACUUGAAGGUUCUUACCCUACUUGUAAGUCUCUGUCCUUUUUUUUUUUUUUCCUCCUUUUUUUUUUUUAAAGCAAGCAGUGAGGGAAGGUCAGUAUUAUUCUUGCAUAUUCCAGGUCCUCCUCAAAGGCUGCUGCUUGUCAUACGUGCUCCUUCACAUGCACUAAGAAUGGAGAGCACUAAAGCAGAGACAAUUGGUCAGUGUCCGUGUUCAAAUGUGCAGCAGAGAUUUGAGAAGCGAUCUACAUCUAUGAAUGUGCGCUCAUUCUUUGUUAUAGUACUGACGUCUGUACCUGUGUGCAUAUCUAUGUAAGUCUUAGUGACCCUGUGUUAAAUAGCUGAAAUAAUGAGGAAACUAUACUGAAAUAGUCCUGUCAGCAUCCUGCAGGGAUGGAGAUUUCUAUGCAAAGCCAGUAAGCUGUAGAGGUCUAAUUUGUGAACUCAUUUGCAAAGAUCUGUGCAGAGAACUCUUCUGUUGGCGUGGAACGAGAUCGGACAGCAGGUAAUCAGAGGGUAGGUGAUCUUGACUGCGUUCUUGCCUCUCUCUGUAGCCGAUAGUGAAGUACCAUGAAAUGCACGCGCAGCGGUUACUGCUUGCUCCACUGUUGUGAAAAUAUUUUCAUUUCAAAAUUUUAUUGUAUAAAUCUUCGUACUUGUGUUGCAAAAAAUUGUUAUAAAAAUGAAAAAGUCUUAAAAAAAAAAAUUCUAAUGUCAUUUAUGUCUCUUUGCAUUUCUCAUUUUGGCCAAGGAGAAUCAGAAUCAGAUUGCUUUUUGGUAACAAAUAUUACUAGAUGAGUAUUUAAUGGGAGUGGAGCACAAUGUUUUUUCCCCCCAUAGUGUUUUUUUUUUUUUUAAUAUCAAGCUUCUUGCAAAAAUUUUGGGCAUUAACCUGAUUGUCUUUGGAAAUACUUCUUUCUUUUUGUUUUAGAUUGUGUUCUAGAACAGUUAAUAACUCAGUUGUUCUUGAUGCUAUUUUUUUAAACCUGUUCCAGCAUCUUAAAUUUCUUCAGUAGUGUUAGCACCAAGACACUUCACACAAUCCUCUUCAUCUAUAGAGGGCAGUCCCUUAAAAAGGAGCGGAGUUGCCAUUGGUAAAGUGGUUUGUCCACAGUUUUGAGGUGGGUGGGAGCAAUAACUUGAGUGGCUCCAUUUGUUUAGAGGAAUAGCUGCUAACCUGGAUUUUUCUUCCCCAGUGGUCGCUUCAGGUGCUUUAAGUACAGUCUUCAGUUCUUCAUUAGAUCAUGAUUUAAGUCUCUUAGAAUUCAAUGUUAUGUUUUCAUAACAGUGAUCUAAAACUUAUAAAUAUGAAAACUUAAGGAAGGAAAUAGAGGAGUUUUCCUGCUUUCAAAGAAUCUUAAAACAUGUUAAGCACUUUGUCCUGACUAUCGUUUUAGCUUUAAAAAUGAGCUGUGUAUCCAAGAAUGCUCAUGGAGCGGGGGAAAACCAGGGAGUACAUGAGACUGUAGGCAUGGGAAAUUGGGGAGAAGGUGGAAUUCUUUUUAAAGUAAUGAAAAUUAAGGGCAUGAAAACAGCAAGAUAAAAGUAUCUUUCUGUUUACCUGCCAAAGUAACUCUGCAUCAGGCUGCUGACUUGAUUCCCACAAACUUGUAAUGGAUGCCGUUAACUCCAUCUUCCUCAUGUAGAAGAUGGUAACAUCUCCCUUGGCUGAGGGGCAUCCUCUGUUUUUGGUUCAGUAACAUGCUCUAUAGAGGAUGGCACACUCCACCUUAUAUUUAAGGGUUUCUUUCCCUUGCCGUGAGGAACAGGGUUUGUAAAGUUUUCAUGGGCUUCUUUUAAGGGCGAGCAAUUUACUGAUGGUGGGAAAUACAAGCCAUUAGGUAGUGUUACAGCCCUGUAACAUUACUUUCUCUGCUUCCUAGAACAUCUCGUACAAGUUUAAAACUUGUGUGGCAUAAACAUCUAUUUUUAAAUUGUGCUGAACAACAUGUGGAUGAAGGUACAACGCAAACUGCAGUAAGGCAGGCACUGGCUGCUGCAGUUUCUACCUCCCAGACUGUAGAUUCAUGACAAACUUUGGGCACUUGUGAUUCUCCAGCAGCAGAGGCAGCUGGAGCGCUGGAAGGAUCACUGCAAUUGUUCAGUCCUGUGAAUAUGGGUGGGAGGAGUGUCUUGGCUUCUAGAAAAGCAAACACUCCUCUGAUUAAUAUCCUUAACGUGUAUGCUGUGAACGAGUCUGUCAGAGGCUGAGUGAGAUUAAAUAUCUCAUUGGAACGUGUGCCAGUACACAGAGAAAUGCAGCCUAGUACCAGAGGUACCAGUCAGUCUUGUGCAUCCGCUUCCUCUUCCUUAUCGUUAACUGUAAUUAGUGGGAAACACUGAAUGUGGGAGCCUGCUGAAACAACGUGAACUUAAGCAAAGUUAUAUAUUAAGCCUAAACAUCAGUGUAAUAUAUAAUGGAAAAGAUUUUGUGCCUUUUGUAAGAGCUGACCAUCUUUUGCCAUUUUGUCUUGUAAGUCCUUGUCACGUUGGAUCAGAAGUGGUGACUGUCUCCUAGCAGCUGGAAAACCUUGCAGGGUGGUCUCUUCUAGACUGCUCACGUUCUCGUGAUGUGAAAUUCCUUCCUGACCUCUGUGUCUGCUCGGUUUCUCAAUUCCGUUGGCAAUUUGGAAAGACCAUAUUCAAUGCAAGUGAAUAUAUGAAUCUAAUUGAUAAUGUGAUGAGAGUCUUGAUUCUAACCUGAAAUAAAUGUGCCUGGUUAACUAA